UAUAAGAAAAUAUCGAAAAAUAAUAUUGCCGAGUAAUCGUACCACUAUUGUUGUGUGUAGCUUCCCAAAGUUUUCAAUUAAUUAAUUCAUUAAUUUCUAAAAGAUAGUAAAUUUUCGACGAAAUGUCUAGAGGUAGCAGCGCUGGUUUUGAUCGCCACAUAACUAUUUUCUCUCCAGAAGGACGCCUGUACCAAGUCGAAUAUGCCUUUAAAGCCAUCAAUCAAGCGGGUUUAACAUCAGUAGCUGUUAAAGGCACAGAUACUGCAGUAUGUGUUACCCAGAGAAAAAUUCCUGAUAAAUUGAUUGAUCCUGCUACCAUAACUCACCUUUUUCAACUAACAGAUUCUGCUGGUUGUGUCAUGACUGGGAUGAUGGCCGAUAGUAAAUCUCAAGUUCAAAGAGCUAGAUAUGAAGCUGCCCAAUUUAAAUACAAGUAUGGGUACGAGAUGCCUGCCGAUACUUUAUGCAGAAGAAUAGCUGACAUUUCUCAAGUAUACACACAAAAUGCCGAAAUGAGACCUCUUGGUUGUUCUAUGGUAAUUAUAGCGUAUGACGAUGAACUGGGACCUUGUGUUAUGAAAACAGAUCCAGCUGGUUACUAUUGUGGAUAUAAAGCUGUUAGUGUUGGAGCCAAGCAAACUGAAGCUAAUAGUUAUUUAGAAAAGAAAUUGAAGAAAAAUAAAGAAUUGAAAGGGGAUGAUGUUGUACAGCUUGCAAUUUCUUGUCUGAGCAGUGUACUAUCUGUUGAUUUCAAACCAACUGAAAUAGAAAUUGGUAUUGUGACAGAAGAUCAACGAAAGUUCAGAAAAUUGGAAGAGUCUGAAAUUGAGAGACACCUUACUGCAAUCGCUGAACGUGAUUAAUAAAUCACAAUGGUUAAAUUUUAAUUAACAGUUGAUAUAAGAUUCAUUUGUGUUUUUCAUACACUAUAAAGGUAUUGAAAUAAUAAAUUUUCUAUGUGAAAA